AUUAUUUAUUGAAUAAAAAUUGGGAGACGCAUAAAUUCACCCAAAUAUAUAUAUAUAUAUAUAUAAUAUGUCCGAAAUUACCAGAAAAAUGGCUCCGUGGCAAGUCAAAUCAGUUCAACACUAUAUUUUAAUAUUCAAAAUGUUGACUUUUUAUUGUUACUCAGAAGGGACCUGUUUAACAUUAGCAACGUGAUAUUCCAGUUCACUCGUAGUUACAGAUAGAGGAGGUAAAAUGAGAUGGAGUAGUCUGAGCACCAGAAGCUUCAUCACUGCUACCCUUUUGAAGAAUACCCAUUUUCUCCUUCAGCUUACUGCAGCCACUGUUAAUGUCACAAACACCAAACGGUUUGAUUUCCAUGGCUUCAACUUCUUCUGCUACCACUCUUCGACAGUAAAUGGCUCCCCUUUUAACUCACCUCCUCAAACCCUUCAUGCCCAAGUCUUGAAGAAUGGAACUUUUCGAAGUUUGAACGUGGGGAAUUAUAUUCUGGACUGUUAUGUGAAGUCUGAGAACCUGGAUUGUGCAUACAAGGUGUUUGAUGAAUUACCCGACAGCGAUGUCCGCACCUGGACCAUACUUAUUUCUGGUUUGGCACGAAUUGGGUAUCUCAGAAUGGUGAUGGAACUCUUUAGGGAAAUGCAAGUAGAAGGUGUUUAUCCGAACCAAUAUACAUUAUCUGCUGUUUUGAGAUGUUGUUCUAGUGUGGGUGAGCUUAAGAUGGCUAAGGGAAUUCAUAGUUGGAUACUGGUAAACGGGAUUUAUUUAGAUGUCGUGUUGGAGAACUCUGUUCUUGAUGUCUACAUGAAAUGCGGUGACUUCCAUUAUGCAGAAAAGUUAUUCGAAACGAUGGAAAAUAAAGACACAGUUACAUGGAAUAUAAUGAUUGGUGCAUAUAUGCGUGUUGGAUAUAUGGAAAAAGCACUUGAUUUGUUCAGAAAGUUACUCUUAAAAGAUGUUGCUAGUUGGAAUACGAUUAUAGAUGGGCUAAUACAAAAUGGCUAUGAAAGAACUGCAUUGGAGCUACUAUAUGAGAUGGUGAAAGUUGGACCUGCAUUCGAUAAAGUCACUUUCUCUGUGGCUUUGGUUUUGGCUUCUUCUUUAUUGCUUUUGGAACUAGGAAGGCAAGUUCAUGGCUUUGUUCUUAGGUUAGGCAUUCACAAUGAAGGAUUUAUUAGGAGUUCACUCAUAGAUAUGUAUGGCAAAUGUGGAAAAAUGCACAAGGCAUCGCUAAUAUUGAGAAAAACACCUCAGUUUCACUUUGGAACAAGAAGGUCGAAGUUUCCUGAUGAUGAAGCAAUGACAGAAAUUAUAUCAUGGAGUUCUUUGAUUUCAGGGUAUGUUUGUAAUCAUGAGUAUGAAAAUGCUUUACAAACUUUUAUCUAUAUGAUUAGUGAACGGGUAUGGGUAGACAAAUUUACCGUCACUAGCAUUGCUUCUGCAUGUGCUAACAUUGGGAUUCUGAAAAUCAGUCAACAGGUCCAUGCAUAUAUUCAGAAAAUUGGACACAAUAUUGAUGUUCACUUAGGUUCCUCUUUAACUGAUAUGUAUUCUAAAUGUGGAAGCCUGGAUGAUGCACGGAUGGUUUUCAAACAAACCACCAACCCAAAUGUUGUGUUAUGGACUUCAAUGAUUUCUGCUUGUGCUUUAAAUGGGCAAGGGAAGGAGGCUGUUCAACUUUUUGAACUCAUGAUAAAAGAGGGAACUAAACCAAACAAAAUUUCUUUUCUAAUGGUUUUGACUGCAUGCAACCAUGCAGGACUGCUUGAAGAAGGCUGCAAAUAUUUCAGCUUAAUGGAAGAAGUUUAUGGCUUCAAUCCUUCAGUUGAACAUUUAACAUGUAUGGUUGAUCUGUAUGGUCGAGCUGGUCGCUUGAAUGAGACAAAGGAAUUCAUUGAUAAAAAUGGUAUCUCUCACUUGAGUUCAGUUUGGAAGUCAUUUCUAUCUUCUUGUUGGCUUCACAAAAAUAUAGAGAUGGGAAAGUGGGUUUCAGAUAAGCUACUUCAACUUGAACCAUCUGAUGCGGGAUCUUAUGUUUUGUUAUCAAACAUUUGCUCUACAGAACAAAGAUGGGAUGAGGCAGCUAAAGUAAGGAGCUUGAUGCAACAGAGAAGAAUAAACAAACCUCCUGGCCAAUCUUGGAUUGAACUGAAAAAUCAAGUCCACACCUUUGUCAUGGGGGAUAGAACCCAUCCACAAAUAAUGCAGAUAUAUUCAUACUUGGAUGAACUGAUUGGAAGAUUGAAGGAAAUUGGCUAUUCAGCCGAUGUGAAACUUGUAAUGCAGGAUGUAGAAGAAGAACAAGGAGAACUAGUUCUUAGCCAUCACAGUGAAAAGCUUGCAAUUGCUUAUGGAAUCGUUAGCACUGGAUUUCGAACUCCAAUUACGAUAAUGAAGAAUCUACGAGUUUGUACUGACUGUCAUAACUUUGCGAAGUAUACUUCUCAGCUUUUGGGUAGGGAAAUAAUUCUGAGAGAUAUUCAUAGGUUCCAUCACUUUAAGCAUGGCUGCUGCUCUUGUAGAGAUUACUGGUGAGGUUUUAAAAUGUUUGAUUUUGCAAAUCACAACUCUUUCUGGUAAGGCUCUGGAUUGAGCUGCAUGAUUAGGACGGUUCCAUCAA